UGUAAUCAGUUUCAAAGUUCUACUGAACGUUCUCUGCAUUGCCCUUAACUCGCGCCACCUCUUCGAUUUCUUCAAAGAAUCGGCCAGGUACGAAAGCUCAGUAAAUUUUGUGCCACCAGCAUGCUGCCGGAAAACGAAAACCAGCUAUUUCAUACGACUUAUGCAUUGCCUUGCAUUUGUAGGAAAUUUGGGCCUUAGCAACUACCUCCUUUGUGACUUCCUCGACUACCUCGAAUAUCGUGGUGCCCAAGGCGUCGUCCUCAAGGUAUCCUGCGUUGCCGGUGACUUCAUCUUCUACGUGUACCAAAUGGUUGACUUCAUUGUUCUAAGACCGUGCCUAGAAGUGCUGCUGUUGUACAUUCGGCAGCAGCACGAGGUUGUUCGCUGCAUGAUCGAUGGCGGCGGCAGCUUGGUUUUCGUCAACCGAGCUAUGAAAGUCGAAGAGGUUAGGAUGAACCUUUGUGCUAUAGCGCUGCUUAAGACGAAGCUUAACGGCAUUUGGCGGUGGUCCAUUACGGUCUCCGGUGGAGCCGUCCUGUUGUUUGCCUGUAUCUGCACUUAUACGGCGUUCGUAGAGGGGCUUUCAACGCUUCAGUCUAUAAUCUGCCUACUCUACACUGUUUUGUUGGUCCUGAACAUUCUGGACAUUACCGGAUUGAGUCAGGAAAUGGUCAACGAAUUGCGAAGCAUGCGACAAACUCUUCAGAGCGCUCCAACCGGCCAGCAAAACGGAGCAUAUUUUACUCAGAUAAGCUAUCUGCGAGACACCAUAAAACCCAAGGAGAUGGCUGUAUCUGGAUCUGGCUUCUUUUCGUUAAAUCUGCCAUUGAUUGUUUCGCUCGCCGGGUCAGCCAUCACCUACACUGUCAUUCUAGUGCAAACAAGCGAAAGUGUGAAGACAACAGCAAAGUAAAAGCACCGAACUGAGCCCAGUUUCUUUCCGCAAAGAAAGGCCUUGAA